CAGCAGACGCACACACCACACGCUCACACCACACGCUCACACCACACGCACACAAGAUGUCUGGGAAAGCGAAGCUGAUCGCCGUCAUCGGCGACGAGGACACAUGCACUGGCUUUCUGCUUGGCGGUAUUGGUGACAUCAACGCCAGCCGCGAGCCAAACUACCUCGUCGUGACAAAAGAUACACCUGCGUCCACGAUUGAGGACUCCUUCCGCAAGCUUGUGACCCGCGACGACAUUGCCAUCAUCCUCAUCAACCAGAGCAUUGCGGAGGAGAUUCGCCACUUGCUCGACAGCCACACCGCUGCCAUCCCGGCUGUUCUCGAGAUCCCCUCCAAGCACCAGCCAUACGACAGCAGCAAGGACUCCAUCCUCAACCGCGCACGGGGCAUGUUCAGUGCUGAGGACUUUAGGUAAUUGCAUCCUACAACGCUUCCCCCCCCCCGUCACCCACAACAGCCCCUCCUCAUACACACACCAUCCAAGUCGUUAUAUGCUUCCAAGAUCAUGUGUGCAUGUAUAUGUGUCACGCUCGCUUGCUUUCCUGGUGUCACUGUCUGCCGAUCCAUUCCCCGAUCACCCAACACCACUCAACAACAACAACAACAACAACACACGUGUGACAACAGCAAGCCUGCCACCCAUUGCUCCCUCCGCCAACUCUCCCCCCUCGCACUUGCAAGUCCCUUUAGUGAACGUAAAAACAAACACGAAGG